AUGGGUAACAAGGCUUCACCAGCGGAGCUAAAGACCCGCAAGAGAGAAGACUAUCGUUUCUUCCUUGACUACCGCACGCGAUGGAACGACAAUGAUAUGUAUGACCACAUGAACAAUUCCGUUUACAACUUUUUAUUCGACUCUAUCAUCAACGCAUACCUCAUUGAGAAUUGUGGUCUCCAUCCUCCUACAGCACCACAGUUUGGUAUGUGUGUGCACACCCACACUGACUAUUUCUCAUCUAUCGCGUACCCUGCCGUCGCGGAGCUUGCCCUACGUGUCAACAAGCUAGGUAAAUCUAGCGUCACGUAUGAGACUGCUCUCUUUGAGAAGGGAAAGGAGGAGGUUAAGGCGGUAGGGGAAUUUAUACAGGUGUAUGUUGAUCGUAAGACGAAUCGACCGUUAAAGGAUGGUAUGGCUUCAACGCUUCGUGAGAAGCUGCAGGAGCUGGUCGUUGAUGACAAUGCAAUUAAAGCAAAGGCUAAGCUUUAA